CGUCGCGUCCUGGGCGGGGGGGAGAAGACAUGGAGGACGGGGCUGUCCCCGGCGGUGCCUGAGUCGGGAUGGAGCCUCCCCGUAGCUCUGCCUUCCUGGAGGACAGCUUCACCCGCUUCUCCUCCCAAAGCAACGUCUACGGGCUAGCGGCCUUGCCCGGGGCAGCUCGGGGCGGCGGGCGAGGACAAGAGGGGCCAGCGGGGUCGGAGGAAGCCGGGGGAGAGCUCUUAUCCCAAUGGGGACCAGACCUUUCAGCGGGGCUUGGGGGGGGCGGCCAGGCGGGGGCCCCCGGGGAAGGUCCGGGGGGGCUCCUGGUGGCCACCCUCAAAGGGAAAGUCAUUUAUUUCCGCUACCAAGACAUGAAGCGGAACCUGCGGCCGGUGGCCAGGGAGGUGCAGUUCACCUACAUCCCAGUUGAUGCUGAGAUUGUUUCUAUUGACACUUUCAACAAACCAUCUCCCAAAAGAGGCCUUGUUGUGGGAAUUACCUUCAUUAAGGAUUCUGGAGACAAAGCCAGCCCCUUCCUUAAUAUUUAUUGCGACUAUGAACCCGGCUCGGAAUACAAUCUGGAUUCGAUUGCACAAAGCUGCUUGAACCUGGAAUUACAGUUCACGCCUUUCCAGCUGUACCAUGCAGAAGUCCAGGUUGCUGAUCGUCCAGAGACCGUCUUCCUUCUGAGCGGAAACGAUCCCGCAAUUCAUCUUUACAAAGAGAAUGAAGAGCUCCAUCAAUUUGAGGAGCAGCCGGUCGAGAAUCUCUUUCCAGAGCUUAAGGAACUACCCAGCAACAUCCUCUGGCUCGAUGUCUACAACAUUCCCCAUUCGGGGCAGCGGAUCACAGCUUUCGGCUGCCAGAGCGGAUACAUCCGGGUUGCUCAGGUUGAACCAGCCAAGCGAGUGGUGCUGCAGAGCUGGAGCAUCCAACAAGACAGUCCCAUCUCCAAGGUCCUGGUCUUUGCUCUCCCAAGCAUCAGCCGGUCAGACGACCCACCCGGGAUUGCGUCUACGAAAGGCACCACCAAUCCCGGCCCUCAAAGCUACAGCGUCCUCGUAACCAGCAUGCUCGAGCUCUCGGUGGUCUACAGGAAUGUGCUGCACAGUGGUCUGGAGGACCAGUUGGUCUUGCCCCUGAGUCACCAGUACGACAGCGUACUCUGUGCCCUGGUGACAGAUGUGGACUUCGAUAGCGAGCCGGAGAUCCUGCUGGGCACCUAUGGGCAGGUAAGAGGAUCAAUCAAAGCCUGGGCUCCUUCGAGGGAUCCUAAGAAAGAUCUAGAUUUCCGAGGCACCUCCUUUUCGGCAAAGGUUUGCAAUCCCAAGUCCUCGCUUUCUGCAGCUUGA